UCCCCAUGUUCACGCGCUGUUCUGGAUCGAGGGAGCUCCCCAAAUUUACAAAAACACAGAUGAAGAGGUUGCAGAGUUCAUUGACCAGUAUAUUACAUGUGAGCUACCCUAAGACGAUGACACGCUAUUGGACAUUGUGUCAUCAGUUCAGACACAUUCGAAGAAACAUUCAAAGUCGUGUAAGAAAAACUAAACGAAAUGUCGUUUUAAUUUUCCAAAACCAGUUUCUGCACGCACAUUCAUCUGCAAAAUCGAGGAAUGCCAUUGUGCACAGAAGGCAAAGGAGACAGGGGAGUCUUCUGAUUCAAAUGACAAGCCAUUGUGCACGUGUCGGGAGGAUUUAGAGAAGAAAAUGCUGAAGGAGCUAGCUCAGUCCAUUCUGACUAGAGUUAAAAAUGCCAUGGAGAGGGAUGAGCCUUUUGCUAGUGUAGAACAGUUGUUUGCCAGUGAGGGGAUUAAUCAGGCAAUCUUUGAGAUGGCUUAUAGGUGGUUGGAGAAAAAGAAUAGUGUGGUUUAUUGACGAGGGGUAAAUGAAACUUGGAUUAAUCAGUAUAACAAGAAUUUGCUUAAGUGCUGGAGUGCUAACAUGUCCAUUAGCUUUGUCACCGACGCCUACGCAGUCAUCACAUACAUCGUAUCGUAUAUUAUGAAAGCAGAGAGAGAAAUUGGCCUGUUAUUGAGCAAUGCCCAAAAAGAAGCAUCAAAACAAGAAAAUCUUUCCGCUAGAGAUGCUAUGAAAAAGCUCGGCAGUGUAUACUUACACAACAGAGAUUUCUGUGCUCAGGAGGCGGUGUAUAGGCUAACGAACAUGCAUUUGAAGGAGUGUUCCAGGAAGGUUGUGUUUGUUCCAACAGGGAACAACAUUGUGAAAAUGAGUUUGCCCAUCGGUGUUUUGUUGCAAAGGGCAUCCUCUCAUGGUAUUGGGUCAGAGGAUAUGUGGAUGACUAGCAUCAUAGAUAGAUACAGGAAUAGGCCCGACGGUGAUGUGUUUGACGACAUGUGCAUUUGUAUGUUUGUCUCGGAGUAUCGUGUUCUCACCAGGAAUGAAAAAUCUCCAAACCAAAUUCAAUUGAAAGGCGGUUUGGGAUUCAUCUUGAGGAGAACACGAUCUCAGUUUGCGGUUGUGCGGUACAUGCGUUUUGAUUUAGAAAAGCUGGAGGAAGCCCACUUUCAGAGUCUGUUGCAGUUGUUCCUUCCUUAUAGAACUGAUUCAGAGCUCAAGCCUGAAGGCUUUGCGCUCUUCAAACAGUUCUAUGAGGAAGGGGAGGUGACGUUGGCUGACGGCUCCGUGCGUUUGGUGCAGGACGUCGUCGAUUAGAAUAGGGCAAAGUUUGAAGUGGACUGUCCUCAUUUAGAGCGCACUCAGGAAAUUGUUGAGAAGUUAAAUGGCGUUGACGAAGAUGCGUGGGGGGAGCUUUGUCCUGAGCAGGAAGUCGAACGUUUGGAAUGUUUAGACGAUAGACCGCAGCAGCAGCAGGCGGAGAUACAGGAUGAGCAGUUGGUAGAAUCUGAAGAAAAUGUCCCCGAUUUGUUUGUUGGUGGUAGACAGGUAGCUCAGUUUGAGAAAAACACCACCAUUUUGUCUAGGACUGAGGGUUUAGCAUUGAUUCAUUCUCUGAAUGAUACGCAGAAGGCUGUUUUUGACAGGAUUAGGAAGUGGUGUUUGGAUAAGGUGAUGGGUAAAAACCCUGAGCCUUUGCAUGUGUUUGUGACAGGUGGCGCAGGGACGGGGAAAAGUCAUUUAAUCAGAGCUGUCCAAUAUGAGGCAGGGAGACUGCUGUCAACACUUUGUGAUUGACCAGAUACUAUUUCAGUUUUGUUAACUGCUCCCACAGGCGUAGCUGCAUAUAAUUUAAGUGCAGUAACAAUCCAUCACGCAUUGAGUAUUGGUAAACAGGUUAGCUUACCUUACAUCCCUUUGGGUGAAGAUAAGCUAAACUCUUUGAGAGCUCAAUUGAGUCAACUCCAAAUUCUAAUCAUCGACAAGAUCAGCAUGGUAGAUCACAAUCUGUUGGCUUAUGUGCAUUGCCGGUUGAGGCAGAUUAAGCAGUCAGGCGACUUUUCCCCUUUUGGUAAAGUUAGUGUGAUAGCUGUGGGGGACUUUUAUCAGUUGCCACCCGUUAAAGGGAGGCCUCUGUACACCAGUCAGGUGGGUGUGGACCUGUGGUGUAAUUUUAGUAAGGUGGAGCUGACAACAGUCGUUAGGCAGAAGGAUAGUGUUUUUGCUGAGUUGCUGAAUAGGUUGAGAGUGCAUUCGAAGAAAACCCCCUUAUUGAAUAGCGACGUUGUGAUUUUAAAGUCCCGUGAGACAGGGGAAGAGACCUCAGCUUUGCAUAUAUUUCCAACUAAUAUAAAAACCAGUGAGCAUAAUCUGAAACGGUUGUUUGCAACUUGUCCAGAUUAUACCACUAUUGAGGCUCAAGAUUUUAUGAAUAGCAAGAAAACGGGCAAAUUAGAGGAGACGGUAGGGCAUCACAGCAGAGCAUCGUACACGUGUUUACCCGAGAAAUUGUGUUUGGCUCGGAACGCACGUGUGAUGCUUUGCAGAAACAUUGAUGUUGUAGACGGUCUGGUCAAUGGAGCAUGUGGAACUGUUACUCAUAUUGAGUUUGGAGAGGACAAAAGCUUCCCUCUCACAGUUUAUGUUAAAUUUGAUGAUGAAAAAAUUGGCUCACAGAGGAGAAAGCAACGUUCACAUGCUGCAGUAGAAUGCCGUAAUUCUACUGCCAUUGAUCCUGUUCAGGAGUCAGCCACUGCACGGGGUGGUUUGCGUCGUCAGUUUCCUCUUAGGCUAGCGUGGGCGUGUACUGUCCAUAAAGUGCAGGGGUUGACUGUAGAUGAGGCCGUUGUUUCGUUUGAUAAGGUGUUUGCACCUGGGCAGGCGUAUGUAGCGCUUAGUCGUGUCAGGGCUUUGUCUGGACUCAUCAUCAGGGAUUUUAAAGAGAAAGCCAUUUACUGCAAGGACACCAUAAAGGAGGCCUUGGAUAGCAUGCCUCCAUUUCUGAUUGAGCAGCCACAGCCUUCAUUAAAUACACAUAGUUUCUCUGUGUAUUUAAUGAACGUUCAAAAUUUAAGUUGCCACCUGUCACAUUUGGUGUCUUGCACACAGCAUUUACAGCCUAACUGUAUUGCUGUGACAGAGACGUGGCUCAGUGCACAAUCCUCAACAGACAGUGUUCACAUUGACGGUUACAUUUUCCACAGUCGUCCUCGAGCCUUGUGUUACAGCAGUAGUAACCCCAAAUUGUCUGAGCUUAGGGACCUAGAACAUGGUGGAGUAGGCUUGUAUACAGCAGGUGAUUUGGACUGUGAGAUUCUGCAGGUGCCCGAUUUGAAUCUGGAGUGUUUGGUGUGCCUGUGUAGCAAAUUGAACAUCGUGAUGGCAGUAAUUUAUCGUCCACCAUGUUAUCCAAAUUCAUUAUUCAAACAGAAUCUGGGGAAGUUACUAGAUUGGUUGAAUCCAAUCAGUAACACAAUUGUUAUAAUGGGGGAUUUUAAUGAGGACAUUUUGAAAAGACCAUCAAUUUGUAAAUUUAUGGGCCAAAAAGGAUAUAUUCAGCAUGUAACGCAAGAGACAACAGAGAAGGGGACACUGAUUGACCAUGUUUAUGUCAAAACAACACGGUAUGAUGUGGAUUGUACAGUGAUGUCUGCGUACUUUAGUGAUCACGAAGCCAUCUGGUGUGGUUUUCGUGUUAAAGAUCAGGAUUUAUUAGAAGAUGUAGAUUUGCUGUUUGCAGAGGAGUUUGAAGAUUUAGAGGGUUUUUUCGAUGACGAGUCCGAUGUAGAGUAGAUUAGGUUUGAUGGUUGUUAUGGUUGAUGAUGUUUUUACAGUUUGAGUAGGCGUAAUUGAUAAUUUUAUUUACAGGUUGUAAGAGGAAACUGACUUUUAGCAUGUGUAUAUAUUUAUUUGUUGCAUUUUAAAUGUGUAAAUCUGUCCAGCUAGGUUGUGUGGUUUGUUUUUUGUGGUUUUAUUGUAUGCGUGUUGGGACAGUAUAUUUAUUGAUGGUCAUUUAUAUCAGGUAUUUAUGUAUAUUUAUUAUCUUGUUAAAUAGUGUGCAUUAUGCAAAGGACAUAGAUUUAGUCAUGGUGCAUAGAUAUGCUUGUAUUGAUAACCAUGUGUCACCACUUUAAGUAGUUGUGUUUUUGGGUUCUGCCAUAUGUGAACGGUUGGUCUGUGCUGUAACUGUUAAGUUUGUAUGUAUUCUUUGAAUGUGUUGUUUGUAUGUGUAUAUGUUUGUUUUUCUCAGGUUGAAGUUCAUUGUUAACGGUGCACUUUCUGAUUUAAGAUUGAUGUACUGUUCAUGAACUCAGAGCAAAUCUGUUGUGGCAUCAAAAGGUACACACACCUCUCGUUGUGUGUACCAGUGGUGUUGAACAGGACAAAAUUGCAUUACAAAAACAUGUAUCUCCUCCUGUGUGCCAGAACUAAUUAUGUUUUUUCUCUCUGAGGUUUGUUCCUGUAUAUAACGUCUCAACUCUGUGAUCCCCAAGUGUUUUUGAUAUGUAUUUUUUAUGGUAGUUAAAUUAAGUAGUACUCCCUGGUAAAAUGUCCAAAUAAAAGAGGAUACACAAGCAAAGGUGUUAGAAAAAUGGGCAAUGAUGACUGGGAGUACAGUUGGUGUCAGCUGCUGCCUUAUUGGUACAGACAGCUGCCUGUCAGCCAGCUGAGCCCAUAAAGAAAAUAAAUAAAUAAUUAAUUAAUUAGAAAUAAAUGCUUGUUAACUCUAAAGUGUUGUCUGUGAUAUGUUUAAAGUGAUUUUUUUUUACUUGAUAUUUUUUUCUGUGUAAUAUUUUAUAGCAGCAGUUAGCAGUAGUUUAGAUGAACCCUAUUCACAGUAAUUUGUGUUCAGAACAUUACAUGUUUACAGGGAAUGUUGGAAUUUUUAACCUUCCCUACUGCACAGAAAAGGCAUAAUUUAAUACAAAUUUACCAUUUGUAAAUGUAGUGUUUGGCCGCUUCUUAAACAAAAUGCAAAAUUCUAAAAGAUGUUUUUUCAGUUUUGUUAUUUUUGUUAAAUUAAUGCAACUACAUAUAUGGAAAAUGAUGAUAGAUAUGACUUGAUUCUGAAUAAA